UCUGAGCAAAUGGACCACCGUGAUGAGCAAUUAAGAAGGGAAGAAAGAAGAAACAACUAUUUCCCAGCAGCAAAGAAGGGAAAAGAAAAAAAACCUGGUGGUAAAACUUCUGUAGACAUGGCUAGUUCUGACAUGAAACCAAAAUCAAUAAGUCGUGCCAAAAAAUGGUCAGAUGAGAUAGAGAAUCUGUACAGAUUUCAGCAAGCAGGAUAUCGGGAUGAAAUUGAAUAUAAACAAGUGAAGCAAGUCUCUAUGGUAGAUCGUUGGCCAGAGACAGGCUAUGUGAAGAAACUUCAGAGAAGAGAUAAUACUUUCUAUUACUAUAAUAAACAGAGGGAAUGUGAAGACAAGGAGGUUCAUAAAGUGAAAAUUUAUGCUUAUUAG